AAUGAAGAAAAGCGUAACCUCAGUUUGGGCGGGCAUGUUGGUUUUGACAGCCUUCCUGAUCAGCUGGUCAGUAAAUCGGUGACGCAGGGUUUCUGCUUCAACAUCCUCUGUGUAGGUGAGUAUCAAACCACAUGAUAGUGUUACUGUACUAUCUCAGAGGCUGCAUCCCAAAUAUCACCUUAUUCCCUAAAUAGUGCACUACUUUUGACCAGGGCCUAUAGAGCUCUGGACAAAAGUAGUGCACCAUAUAGGGAAUAGGGUGCCAUUCGGUAUGCAGCCAGGGUUGUUUCUGUCCUUGACAUGAACGAGAACAAGACUGCUGUUGCUGUGAAGAGGCUGAGAGCAGAAUGUCCCCCCUGAGAGUUACUGAGACCUAACAACACUUUUCCCUGUCUUGCCUCCUAGGGGAAACGGGUAUUGGCAAGUCGACAUUAAUGAAUACCCUUUUUAACACAAUGUUUGAGAACGAGGAGGCCAGCCACUACCAGAAUGGCGUGUGUAUGCGGCCCAGAACAUACGACCUCCAGGAGAGCAACGUCCACCUAAAGCUGACUAUCGUGGACACUGUUGGGUUCGGGGACCAGAUCAACAAAGAGGAGAGGUAAGCAGCAGAUGCUAAGCAUCCUACUUUCAACUGAUCACUAGAUGAAGCAUUGCCAUUGAGUCUCUGUCCUUUUCAUACUCUCACAGUGAAUGAUAACAUGCCAUCUUUUGGAGUAAAUUGCUUACGUUGCCUGGAAUGUAGACAAGACAAGCACAGUCAAACAUUCCCCCCCCCCCCCCCCCCCCCCCCCCCGAAUGGAGAGGGGUUUAGAAUGAUGAGGACAUUCUUGGUUUCAACUACAGCUGUGGGACUGAGUGUUUGUGUGAUCUCCGCAGCAAGAGGGCUCACACGCCCCUGAAUGAUACAGUGGGAGGAACAGGCCCUAACUCAUUAUGUUUGGGAAAACGCUGCUGCAACAAUGCAUCCCAAAUAGAUUUUAAAGGUCAUCAGUGACGCAUUCUGGGAAAAUAGCUUAGAGAUGUUCAACCCAUGGAGCGGCGCACAAUUGGCCCAGCGUCGUCCAGGGUAGGGGAGGGAAUGGCCGGCAGGGAUGUAGCUCAGUUGGUAGAGCAUGGCGUACGCAACGCCAGGGUUGUGGGUUCGAUUCCCACGGGGGGCCAGUAUGAAAAAAAUUGAAAAAAUGAUGAUAAUAAUAAAAGAAUGUAUGCACUCACUAACUGUAAGUCGCUCUGGAUAAGAGCGUCUGCUAAAUGACUAAAAUGUCAAAUGUAAAUGUUAAAGGAAAGGUUAAACAUUGUAUAUAUGUUCUUGGCAAGCCUGUAGGCCACUUAUUUGCCCUCCAAGCUACAGUAUAACAAUGGACACAGGGAUGUGAUUAAUACUUUUAACCAUGGUUUAACAGUAACUUUAUGUGAUUUAUUGGCUCACUUCCCCUGUAGAAUGCUAGACUAAACACACUGGCAUAUUAAAUGUUCACCUCUGUGACCUCUUAAAUAUUUAUGAUUCGUGGUACUUGAUGGUGUGAAGGUCAGGUUUACAUGAGUAGAUGCUGGAGACUUGAAUAUAGAUCAUUUCUGUACACAGACAUCUAAUACCCCCACUGGUAACUUUGAAAGAAACAAAGAAAGUACAUGAGAUAGUGGGAUCAAAAGGAACCAAAGUGAAACUUUGUUUUACACUUAGUAAAACUACAUUGCUUUUCCUUUUGCAGUUAUAAACCGAUAGUGGACUAUAUCGACACACAGUUCGAAAACUACCUUCAGGAAGAGCUGAAAAUCAAGCGCUCCCUCUUCAACUACCACGACGGGAGGAUCCACAUCUGUCUGUACUUCAUCGCGCCCACGGGGCAUUCACUGAAAUCCUUGGAUUUAGUUACCAUGAAGAAACUGGACAGUAAGGUAAAGGAUCACUACCACCAAGGCCUUGUGGGCAAAAAAACAGACGGCAUCCUAUUGUUUGAUUUGAAAUAUAGAGGCUGAAAUCCCAUCUCUUUCACUUUGACUAGUAUGGAUUUCACACAGUUGUAGAACAGUCAGAUAUUCAUGUAGGGUGGGAACCCACAAUGUCCUUGAAAAGGAAACGGCAGACAUUCCAGAUAACAUUUUAUUGCAUUUCCGGAGGUUUAUAUCAUGCCCUGGUGUAUUUGUUAGAAUUAUUAAGCAAGUAUGACGUUGUAACUUCUUACUUCUAUGAAGAUCUUUUUUUGUUCAUGGUUUCAUGUGAGUAACUGAGUAUUGGGCAGCAGAUCCAUAUUUUAGAACAAUACAUUGAUUUCAGCCUAUUGGAAACAUGAAUGGUCAGUGCCUCAAUUAGUGAAUUGUGGAAUUAAUCUAAUCUCAUCACUAUUGCAGUUGAAGCGUGAAUGAGGGUGAGGGAGAGAGAAUGUCACAACUAGCUACUAGUGCAGUCUGUUUUAUUGACCCCAAAUGGGGCGGGUGAAAUGUGUGAAACUCAGGCUGAGACAGACCUGACAAUGCAUACAGUACUCAAACUCCUAUUAGCUACAACCGUACAGAGCUUGUAUAUCAGGCCGGUUAUACGGCCUAUAAAGCUGUUCGAGGAGUGGUGGAGAGGCAAUUACAGGCUUGUUUGUGUCUGGUAAUGCAAUGACACAUAUCAAACAGAUGGUGUGGUUAUGAGCAAAGCAUGGUAGCUUACUUUAGCCAAUACUCUCCUCCAGCAUGGCUCUAUCUCUCUCUGAGCUGUCAGAAAUGAGCCUUUUCUCACAGGAUACACGGAGCAGACUAUAAAUCAGCUUAUAUUUUAUUUAAAGGUCUAUGAUGUAAAGCAGACAGGCAAUGGUGUUUGACUUAUACUUCCAUAAAGGCUUUUAAGCCGGAAGGGUGACGGUUAUAAAAGUGGUCUGGUCUAGGGACGUGAAGCACUGUAGAGAUGGGUCUCUGCUCUUUUACGUCAAUAGACUUUGUGUAAAGGAUGGAAGAAAACUAUGCAAAACAACCAUCACAUCUGUUUUGUUGCAAAAUUAUUGUGAAUGGUCACAUUGAAUAAGACCUCAUUUUGACCCUAACAAACUAUAGCCUGGAGGUGACGAGACGUCGGUGACUAAAUCUACAUCGUCCCAGUAAUCCGAGGAGCCAAAGCAAAACUGUCACAAUGUGUUUAUUUUCCCAUCUGUUUUAGAGCAGAGAGAGGACGCCAUUCAGUUUGUUUUCUUAAUUGCUAUUUUUUUUAUUUUUCUGUGUGGGUUUCACUGAGCUCAACCCAUCGUGGUUGCAUAGUGCCAAUUUUGCGACAUUCAGUAAUUUAAGUAUUUGUUAAUGACACUGUGCCAAUCAUUCAGAUGCUCUGACUGAUUGAUUUUCAGCAUCUUCUCUAAUCAUGCAUUGAUUUAUAAUUUUACGAUACAACCGCCAUGAAACCCUUCCAAACCAUAGCAGAAUAUCUGAAGAUAUUCAAUUUGGAGGAAAAACCUAAAAGCUGAUUUUAAGGACAGAAUUAUUAUUUUGAUCCUUUAGGUGAAUAUAAUCCCCAUCAUCGCUAAAGCCGACACAAUCUCCAAGAGCGAGCUCCAUAAAUUCAAGAUCAAGAUCAUGAGUGAGCUGGUGAGCAAUGGAGUGCAGAUCUACCAGUUCCCCACAGACGAUGAUGCAGUCACCGAGAUCAACUCCUCAAUGAAU